AUGGAUCUCCUAAUUCUGCUCAUGUUAAAACUCCUCGUCUCAUACAUUAUCUUCUUCCUCUGCAACCUUGCUCUUCGCAGGACCAGCCAUGGCUGCUGCUACAUUCUCCACUAUGAGUGCUUCAAACCCUCCCACGACCGACAGAUCAGUACAGAACUUGCCGGCGACAUCAUAAAACGCAACCGCAACCUCGGCCUUGAAGAGCACAGAUUUCUCUUGCGAGCCAUUGUCAGCUCCGGCAUGGGCGAACAAACCUACGGCCCCAGAAACAUCAUCGCCGGCCGCGAAGAGAUGCCUUCUCUGGCAGACGCCAUAUCUGAGAUGGACGAGUUCUUCUUCGCCACACUCGACAAGCUCUUUCACAACUCUGGGAUUUCUCCAUCAGAGAUAGAUGUUCUUGUUGUGAAUGUGUCGAUGCUCGCCACAGUACCUUCUUUAACCUCCAGAAUCAUCAACCACUACAAGAUGAGAGAGGAUGUCAAGUCCUUCAGUCUCUCAGGAAUGGGUUGCAGCGCAAGCCUCAUAUCCAUUGACCUCGUUCGUAGCAUCUUCCGAUCUCUCAAUAAACCUAAUUUCGCCAUUGUUGUAACCUCAGAAUCCAUAGCCCCGAAUUGGUAUUCCGGCAAGGACAAGUCGAUGAUUCUCUCCAAUUGUUUGUUCCGAUCCGGCGGCUGUUCGAUCCUCUUGUCAAACAACAAAGCUCUGGAACGCCAUGCAAAGCUAAGACUGAAGGGCUUGUUUCGAACCCACAUGGGAUCAUGCGAUGAAGCGUAUAAAUCUUGCAUGCAAAAAGAGGAUGAGCAUGGCCGGCUUGGUUUUUACCUUGGGAAGAACCUUCCAAGCUCAGCCAGCCGAGCUUUCACCCAGAACGUGAGAGAUCUAUAUCCAAAAGUGAUGCCAGUAAAGGAAUUACUUCGGUACUUGGUUUCACGCAGAAUUUUGAAAAAAAAGGAAGGUGGAAUUAGCAAAGCCGCGGCGGUCAAUUUCAAGGCUGGGAUUGAUCACUUCUACUUGCACCCAGGUGGGGCUGCAGUGAUCGAUGCGAUAAAGAAGAGCUUGAAGCUCAGUGAGGAAGAUGUAGAGCCAGUAAGGAUGACGCUUCACAGAUUUGGUAACACUUCAGCAAGCAGCCUCUGGUAUGUGUUGGGUUACAUAGAAGCGAAGAAGAAGCUGAAGAAGGGUGAUAGGGUUUUGAUGAUAAGUUUUGGGUCAGGCUUCAAAUGCAAUAGCUGUUUGUGGGAGGUUAUGAGGGAUCUGCAGCAGGACGCCAACAAUAUUUGGGAGGAUUGCAUUUCCGAAUACCCUACAAACAACGUAACCAACCCUUACAUGGAAAAGUAUGGUUGGAUCAACCUAGCUAGCUAG